AGAGGCUGCUGCGAGGGGCUGCCAUGAGGAUCCGGCUGGCGAGAAGAUGGACGUGGGUCCGCAGAAGCUGCGUGCUGCUCGGCUUCUUGAUGGUCGCCUACUUCGCGUUGGAGUUGUCGGUUUCUUCCUUCGGUGCCUCCCUCGCUGGGGAGAGCGUCUCCAAAGGCAAACGGGAGCGGCGCUUUACGGACGGAGCAGAAGAGGCAGUGGAUUUGGCUCGUCCGGUUUAUGACAAAUCCCCGCCUGAUUCUUACGCCCCGGGAGAAUGGGGCAAACCCACUCGCUUGCAGCUGAGCCCUGAGGAGAAGAAGCAGGAAGCAGAGCUGAUUGAGAAGUAUGCAAUUAAUAUUUAUUUGAGUGAUAAAAUCUCUCUCCAUCGGCACAUUGAAGACAAUCGACUGAGUGGCUGUAAAACUAAAUCUUACAACUACAGAAAGCUGCCUACAACGUCUGUUGUAAUUGCCUUUUACAAUGAAGCCUGGUCCACGUUGCUGCGGACAGUACACAGCGUUCUUGAAACGUCUCCUUCUGUGCUUCUGAAAGAAAUCAUACUGGUGGAUGAUUUGAGUGAUAAAGUGUAUUUGAAAACUGACCUUGAGAAGUACAUAAGCAGUCUGAAAAGAGUUCGUUUAAUACGGACCAACAAACGGGAAGGACUGGUUCGUGCACGCUUAAUUGGAGCUACUUUUGCUACCGGUGAUGUCCUCACGUUUCUCGACUGUCACUGCGAAUGUGUCUCCGGCUGGUUAGAGCCGUUGCUUGAGAGGAUUGCCGAGAAUGAGACUGUUGUCAUCUGUCCUGUUAUUGACACCAUCGACUGGAACACAUUUGAGUAUUACAUGCAGUCAGCAGAGCCCAUGAUUGGGGGCUUCGACUGGCGACUGACGUUCCAGUGGCACUCUGUGCCGAAACACGAACGUCUGAGGCGCAAAUCUGAAACAGACCCAAUCAGAUCCCCAACUAUGGCUGGGGGCUUGUUUGCUGUCAGCAAGAAGUAUUUUGAGUACCUGGGUACCUAUGAUACAGGAAUGGAUGUUUGGGGAGGAGAGAACUUAGAGUUAUCAUUUAGAGUGUGGCAGUGUGGAGGCAUGCUAGAAAUUCAUCCGUGCUCCCAUGUAGGCCAUGUGUUUCCAAAGCGUGCACCAUAUGCUAGACCGAAUUUCCUUCAGAACACAGCACGUGCUGCUGAGGUGUGGAUGGAUGAGUAUAAAGAACACUUUUACAACAGAAAUCCUCCAGCGAGAAAAGAAAACUACGGAGAUAUUUCUGAGAGAAAGCUACUGAGAGAGCGUUUGAAAUGCAGGAGUUUUAACUGGUAUUUGAAAAACGUCUUUUCUGAGUUGCAUGUACCAGAAGAUCGUCCUGGCUGGCAUGGGGCUGUCCGCAGUGUAGGAAUAUCAUCAGAGUGCCUAGACUACGUUUUACCAGAACAUAAUCCUGCUGGGGCUCACCUUUCUCUCUUUGGAUGUCACGGUCAGGGAGGAAAUCAAUUUUUUGAGUACACAUCAAAUAAGGAGUUUAGAUUUAACUCUGUAACAGAGCUAUGUGCUGAAGUCCCUGAGCAAGAGGAUUUCAUAGGUAUGAGGAGCUGCCCAAAAGAUGGAUCUCCUGUCCCAGAAAUUAUUAUAUGGCAUUUCAAAGAAGAUGGGACUAUUUAUCAUCCUCAUUCUGGAAAGUGCCUUACUGCUUAUCGUACUGCCGAGGGGCGUGCUGAUGUGGAAAUGAGAACUUGUAAUGCUGCAGAUAAAAAUCAGAUGUGGAAAUUUGAGAAAUGAUCACUAGCAGUAGUAAGAAUCAGGUGGAGCAGAGUCUCCAAGGUUUUUACAUACAUAGCAGAUAGCAACAUUGGAAUGUCUUCAGAUGUGUCUUUCCUGUAGUGGUGUAGGAAUUAUCUGCUGUGGUGAACUGUAUGGAAAGCAAAAGCAAAUGGUGGGAGUUAGUUUCUGAAACAGUGAUUUACACUUCUUAUGCCUUCUAUUUUUGUAAAUUUUGCCCAAUUAUUUUCUUAUUUUGGUCUCUGUUGAUUAUGGGAAAACAAAUCCUUUUGAGUGGACUGAAGAGGAAUUUUCUCGUUGUUUACUCUUUAAAAAAUGAGCGCAUUAAACCUGCAAGGUAACAUUACGUGCAAGUAAAAAUUUUGUACUUGCUGAAGUGGAGGUUCUUGCAGUAUUUGACCUAUUUGCAGAUUCAUCAUAAUAUACGUAUCUAUCAUCCUAAAUUAUGCUACAGUAGCACGUGACUGAAUUCACAGUGAUGUGGAAAGCUGAAUCUUAAGUCUUGGAAUAUUCUGCAGUUUUUUAGGGAAUUUACACAUACUAUUUAGGGUUUUAGAGUGACCUCUAGCUAAAAUACUCCACUGAAGAGAAGGACUUUUUAGGGGGUGGAUUUGGGCACAGCUUUGCAGUCUUGCUCUUGUUCUGUAAAACUUACCUGGCCAGGGUGAGUCUCAUGGAUGAGUCUCAGAACGUAGUAGCAGUGAAACCAAGGACGUGCUACAGGUGCUGCAAAUGGAAGAAAUGAAUAGUUAGAAGUAUGAGUUCUGCUGGAAGGUAGCAGGGAAGGAAAUAAAGUGCAGAAUUACUGCUGCUACAGCUACUGCUGUUUCUUUGCUGUGUAUUUAGUAUUUACAUCAUUGUGUAAGCUUUUCCUUGUUAAGUUUGGCUUCCUAGAGAGACAAAGUCUAUGUGACUAUGCCAUGUAUCCAUUUUUUUUGGAUUUUAAGGAAUCUUUCAUGUUUUAGACUGGCAGCAAGGGAAAGGAGAGAAAUACAAAUGAAAAGUUAGACUGUCUUACUUUGUGUUAUGUAUUUGGCAAAAGCUGGCAUGGUCUGCACGCUCAGUAGAGUUUGGAAAUAAUGCAGCGUACACAGCUUCUUUCUAUUCACCAUAUUGUUCUGGGAGACCUAGUCUGGAGUUGCUGAGGCGAAGAGAGUUGGAAAGGCAAAGGACACAUUAUAAGAAAACAAGGUGUCCUGUGAACCAUCUAACCAAUCUUAUUUUUAAUGUUUUCUGUAUCCAGUUAUACUAAGUUUUGAGUAAUACCAAUUCUAGAAUCAUGUCACUAAUUAGCUUUCAGUGUGAUUAUAGAUAGUAGAUGUGACAGAUAUGUUUUUGUAUUUGAAAAAAGAAAUCUUGAUUCUGUGUUUUUUUUAGCUAUAUACAAUUAAGUUGAACACUUACCUUAAUGCUUUGGGCAUUCUAACUUUGGUUGGUUUCUUACACUGAAGUGGUAAAUGUCUUUCAGUAGUCACAAUGUAGUAAUCCUUGACUCUGGGCUGGUGGGAACUUGAACUUGUGAGCAAUAAGAAUCUGGAUAAAGACACCUGAGGUAUGCAGUAGGUGCACAUUUGCUAAAGGCGUUGGUAAGUAGAAGGGUUAAAGGGGAGCAAGUGAGACCUGAAAUAAGUGAAUAUAUUAAAGAUAAUAAAGCAAGAGUCAAUAAAGAUGUAUGUUGGAAGCUAAGUGAUUUUAAAGAGUUGAAGACUUUGGGUGCAAACAGGCUGAGAUUGAAGGGGAGCAGAGGAAGAAAGUUUGGAGCGGGGGAUGUAGUGUUAAAUCAUGCUCAGAAUGCUUGCCACUGUGUGGCAUGGGUUGUUUUAAGCCUUUAACUUAUUUUUAGGAGGUUACUUACAACUUAUUUUUUUCCUCUUUCUUUU